CAUCGGCGCACACUGGUACACCGCCUCUGUGGUCAGCUCGUGCCCGGCUCCGCCCGCGUGCCCGACGCUGACCUGCGCGCCCCAGCCGGCGUGCCCGCAGGUCACCUGCGGCAGUUGCUCGUGCGCGGAGGCCCUGCCGCUCCGCGAGAUCCUGUGGGGCUCGGCCGGGGUCGCUCUGGCUGCCGGCUCUGCGGGCCUCGCCGCUGGGGCCGCGGUGGGCUUCGCGGCCGGGCGCCUGGUCCUGCUGCCAGGCGCUUGCCAGCGCCGGCGAGAGGCUGGGGCGGGAGGCGCCCAGCCGCGGCCAGGCCCAGCCGCCGAGGCCAUCGUGGACGAGCCUCCGGCCCAGGCGCCGGCGUCGAAUCGCGCAAGGUUGCUGGCGCGGGCAGGCACAGGUAUCACCGUUUUCCUCAACUACGGGGACGCGCUCUAUCAUGAGCGGAUCCUGCUGGCGUGGGUGGUAGAUUCGCUGUUCAUCGUCAUCACGCCUGACUUUGACGUGUACAUUGAACAAAUUGACGCUUCUAAUCCAGAUCUCGAGGCUCUGAGGGUUAGCGACCAUGCGGGCUCGAUCCCAUUUGGGCUCACGGGGGCGCAGCUAUAUCGCUUUCGAGCUCGGCCCGCUGGAGCUGACUUGGUGAACCUCAUGGCCGAGGGUCGGCACCACGCGAGAGUGGAGCGGGCGGCGCGAGGCCUGGCCCCGCCACCAGGGCAGGAUGACAUCAUCGGCCCGGGAGGCAAUGCGCCGGCGGUCGUGCCCAUCCCGUUGCCUGUGCCGCCGCCAGUGGCUCCUGGAGUGCCCGCGGUUCCCAUGGCCCCGCGCGUGGCGGGCGCCGCUGGGGCAUGGGUUUUCGACGAGCCGGGCGAUUCCUUCGCCGUCGGCCAGGAGUUCGCCCUGCCGGCCAACGCUCUCGACGUGGGGGGCCGGACAUUCGUGUCCGUCAACGGCAAGGCGGUCAGCGGGACGCGCGUCGCAGCUGGGACAGACCUUGAUGGGUGGGCCCGGCAGCGCCAGGCGCAGCUGAUGAGGGCGGACCCUCGUGUCCUGCCUCGCCCCGCUGGCGGUGAGCAGUCGGCUUUCGUCGACGAUGUGAGGCUGAUGAAGCGCGACCCCAGCGUCCCAAUCGGGAUCAAGGGCCCCGCCACGCUGCCCGACACCCUCGCGGACCUCAGGAAGGGCUCGACUGGGGGGUUCACGGCCGCGCACGACCGUUGGUUGGUGGACUCGAAGGUGCCAGCCUCCAGCAGGGGGGCGGCCUGCCUCUCGGGCGCGCUCGACCCGGAGGCGGCCGCAGUUUUGCAGAACUUUGAGACUGACCUGCUCGCCUCGCCUGACGUGGUGGAGCAGCGGCGUAUGUCGGCGCCGGCGCAGCCAUACCUCGACCUCGAGUUCCGGGCGAGCCGGCCCAAGUACAUCCAGUUCUUGUCGAUGUUGAAGUCCCGCGGCAUCAUCUCUCUUGUCGGCCGCCGCCGAGGCAGCGUGACCCCGUUUUUCGUUUCCAAGAAAAAUGGGAAGCAGCGUUUGGUGCUGGACUGCCGGCUCAUCAACAUCCUUUUCCACCACGCCCCCGUGAUGGAGAUCGGAGCGCUGGACUGCCUGAGCGGGCUCGAGGUGCCGCGGGGCCGCCAGGUGUUCACGGCGUCGGCGGACAUCGAGGCCUGCUUCUACCAGUGUGGCGGGCUGGGGUCGCUCAUCGAAUUCUUCUGUCUGCCAGGAAUCUCGGUGGCAGAAGCGACGCACCUGGGCUUCGACGUCACGGGCUUGUUCCACGACGCAAAGAUGAAGCUUCACGUGGCGUUGAACGCGCUGCCGAUGGGCUGGUCCUGGGCCUUCUGGUUCGUCCAGCGCGUCCACCUAGAAAUGCUGCGGCGCGCUGGGAUUGACUCCAGUCGCCUGGCGCUUGGCGGGUGGCCGCUGCCGCUGCUGGAGGGCGGCCCUGUCGAGCUCCCAUACUCCGACAACGUGAACGUGAUCGGGCUGGGCCCGGUCGCCGUCGGGGAGCUCCGCGACAAGAUCGUCUCCACCUUCGAGCGGCAUGGCUUCGCGAUGCACGAGAUUUCGCCCGUCUCGGACGCCGCGGUGAUCCUGGGCGCGAGCGUCGGCGGAUCUCCGCCGAGCACGCGCCGGGUCUUGAACAAGUUGCUGUUAGUGCGAGGGGCGCUGCAGUGGCUGGCUUCGGGGCCCACCGUCACUGGGCGCCAGGUGGAGGUCAUCGUCGGGCACUACGUUGCGCUCACGUCCUUCAACAGGCUCGGGCUCAGCGUGAUGCGGUCGCUGUACGAUUUCAUCCGCGACAAGUACGUCAUGCCGACGCGCUUGUGGGCCUCCUGCCGGUACGAGGCGUGGGUAAUGGCCGACGUGAGCUUGCUUCUCUCUGCGAGGCUCGACCGGCCGUGGUCGCCCGUCGUGACGGCCUCCGAUGCCGCGAACCGUGGCAUGGCGGUGUGCGAAGCAAUUUUCCCGGUCUCCUCCGCGGCCUCCGUCGGGCGAUGGCGGGAGCGGUGGAGGCACAGGCGGCUGAAUCCCGACGAGUGGGCGCCGAGGUUCCGCUGGAUCCCGUCCGAGUUCAACCCCGCGGACGCGGGCAGUCGGCUCUUCGAGCACCAGGGCCCGCUCGGCCAUGCUUGGUCCGCUGAGUCGAGCUGGCGCCGGGCCCUCGCAGAGCUGCGAGGAGAGGCCGACAGCCGAGGCCGAGGCUGCGCCGAUUCCGGCCCCCACGCCUGCUGCGGGACCGCCGAAGCGGCGGUCAGCCGCCAGGCGGCGGCCUGCGGCGGCCGGCGGGUCGCGGCGGCGCUGAGCCAGGCAUCCAAGUCGCCGGCCUCGGCCGCGGCCCGCUCGCACUGCGAGGAGGCCGCAGCAGGCGCUGCCACGCGCGCCAACCACAGGCCGCUCUGCGACGCCUUCCUCGACUUCUGCCAGACGAAGGGCCGCGUCCCAGCCGACGUCAACGAGCUGCAGAUCAGGCUGCUCGAGGCGCUCGACCACCUGCUUGGGGCCGAUGGUACCAAGGGCGAUGCGGACACGCUCGUGGCGGCGGUCAAG